UUACCAUAUGGCAUAUGGUAUACUAUUAAAAGGUUUUCCCUAAGGUAUACUUUAGGUUGUUUGGGGUUAAAGAAAUGGGGAGAGGCAAAGUAGAGCUGAAGAGAAUAGAGAACCCAACAAGUAGGCAGGUGACCUUCUCAAAGAGGAGAAAUGGCCUUUUGAAGAAGGCUCUUGAAUUGUCCAUCUUAUGCGAUGCUGAAGUUGCACUCCUCAUCUUCUCUCCCUCUGGAAAGGCUUAUCAGUUUGCUAGCCAUGACAUGCACAGAACCAUUGGGAGGUUUCGCGAUGAAAGAGGAUUACCUCAAUCAAGUGACCAACGCUCUAGAUCAAUGGAGAGUAAAUUCUUUGGAAACACCAAAAGUAGAAAAAUUUCUCCAGGUGAUUGA